AGCCUCAACGAUUCCCACAAUCAGAUGGUCGUUCACUGGGCAGGAGAGAAGAGCAACGUGAUCGUGGCCUUGGCCAGAGACAGCCUAUCUUUGCUGGGUCCCAAGAACAGUGAUGUUUAUGUGUCCUAUGACUAUGGGAAGAGUUUCAAGAAGAUUUCUGAGAGGUUCAGCUUCGAUGUGGGGAACAGCAGCGACGUGGCCAUUGCCCAGUUCUACCACAGCCCUGCUGACAACAAGAGGUAUAUCUUCGUGGAUGCCUUUGUCCCUUACCUCUGGAUCACCACCGACUUCUGCAACACUAUUCAAGGCUUCUCCAUUCCCUUCAGAGCAGCAGACCUCCUCCUGCACAGCAGGAACCCCAACCUCCUCUUGGGCUUCGACAGGUCUCAUCCUAAAAAACAGCUCUGGAAAUCAGAUGACUUUGGCCAGACCUGGAUAAUGAUCCAGGAACACGUAAAGUCCUUUUCUUGGGGGGUUGAGCCCUAUGAUAAGCCCAACACGGUGUACAUCGAGCGACAUGAGCCUUCUGGGACCUCAACUGUUAUUCGCAGCACUGACUUCUUCCAGAGCCGAGAAAACAAAGAGAUAAUCCUGGAAGAUGUUGAAGAUUUCCAGCUCAGGGACAAAUAUAUGUUUGCAACAAAGUCUGUGCGUUUGCUUGGCAGCUCACAGCCACCCUCAGUCCAGCUCUGGGUUUCCUUCAACCGCAAGCCGAUGCGCGUGGCACAGUUCGUAACCAAGCACCCAAUUAAGGAAUAUUACGUUGCUGAUGCCUCAGAGGAUCAGGUGUUUGUGUGUGUCAGCCACGAUAACAACCGUACCAACCUCUACAUCUCGGAGGCAGAAGGUCUGAAGUUCUCCCUGUCUCUAGAAAAUGUGCUCUACUACAGCCCAGGAGGAGCUGGAAGUGACACCUUGGUCAGGUACUUUGCCAACGAGCCCUUUGCAGACUUCCACCGCGUGGAAGGAGUGAGGGGUGUCUACAUUGCCACCCUGAUCAACGGCUCCUUCAGCGAGGAGAACAUGCGCUCGGUCAUCACCUUCGACAAGGGAGGCACCUGGGAGCUGCUGCAGCCCCCAGCACAGACACACUAUGGGGAGCAGAUUGACUGUGAGCUUUCCCAGGGCUGCUCUCUCCACCUGGCCCAGCGCCUGAGCCAGCUGCUGAAUUUCCAGCUGCGUAGGAUGCCCAUUCUCUCCAAGGAGUCAGCACCAGGACUGAUCAUUGCAACAGGCUCCGUUGGCAAGAACAUGGCAAGGAAAACCAAUGUCUAUAUCUCGAGCAGUGCUGGAGCAAGGUGGAGAGAGGCACUGUCUGGGCCCCACUACUACACCUGGGGUGACCAUGGUGGGAUCCUUGUGGCCAUCGCACAGGGCACCGAGACCGACCAGCUCAAGUACAGCACAAAUGAAGGGGAGACCUGGAAGGUCUUCACGUUCUCGGAGAAGCCGGUGUUUGUGUACGGCCUCCUGACCGAGCCCGGGGAGAAAAGCACCAUCUUCACCAUCUUUGGCUCCUACAAAGAGAAUGGGCACAGCUGGCUGAUCCUGCAGAUCAACACCACUGACGUGCUGGGGGUCCCUUGCACAGAGAAUGACUACAAGCUGUGGUCACCCUCCGAUGAGAGAGGCAACGAGUGCUUACUGGGGCAUAAAACUGUUUUCAAAAGGAGAACUCCUCACGCGACCUGUUUCAAUGGAGAAGAUUUUGACAGGCCUGUCAUGGUCUCCAACUGCUCUUGCACAAGGGAAGACUUUGAAUGUGACUUUGGCUUUAAACUGAGUGAUGAUUUAUCAUUAGAAGUUUGUGUCCCUGACCCUGAAUUUGCUGGGAAACCUUACGACCCUCCAGUCCCUUGUCCUGUUGGCUCGACCUACAAGAAGACUCGAGGCUACAGAAAGAUCUCUGGGGACACUUGUACGGGUGGAGACAUCGAGUCGCGGCUCGAAGGAGAACUGGUGCCGUGCCCACUAGCUGAGGAGAACGAGUUCAUUCUCUACGCCACUCGCUACUCCAUCCACCGCUACGACCUCGCCUCUGGUGUCAGCGAGGAGCUGCCCCUGGCUGGGCUGAGAGGGGCAGUUGCCCUCGAUUUUGACUAUGAACACAACUGCCUGUACUGGGCUGAUGUCACUCUGGACAUCAUUCAGCGUCUUUGCCUCAACGGCAGCUCUGGGCAAGAAAUAAUCAUAAGCACUGGGCUGGAAACGGUGGAAGCUUUGGCUUUUGAACCUCUCAGUCAGUUGCUGUACUGGGUCAAUGCUGGGAUUCCCAAAAUUGAGGUGGCCAAUCCAGACGGAGACCUGCGACUCACUGUCCACAACUCUUCCAUACUUGAACGACCCAGAGCCCUCGCUCUGGUUCCUCGAGAGGGGUUGAUGUUCUGGACAGACUGGGGAGACUCCAGAGCUGGAAUUUACAGGAGUGACAUGGAUGGGUCUCUGGCUGGGUGUAUUGUCUCCGAGGGCGUGCGGUGGCCAAACGGCAUCUCUGUGGAUGAUCACUGGAUCUACUGGACUGAAGCCUAUAUGGACAGGAUUGAGAGGGUUGACUUCAAUGGGAUGCAAAGAUCUGUGAUCCUGGACAGCCUCCCUCACCCUUAUGCUAUUGCUGUGUUUAAGAAUGAGAUCUACUGGAACGACUGGUCACAGCUGAGUAUUUUCAGAGCAUCCAAAACCAGCGGCUCCAGGAUGGAGAUCUUGGUCGGACGAUUAAAUGGGAUCAUGGACAUGAAAAUCUUUUACAGAGGAAAGACAACAGGGGAGAAUGCCUGCAUCACCAAGCCCUGCAGCCUGCUCUGCCUGCCCAAGUCCAACAAUGGUAGGAGCUGCAAGUGCCCCGAGGGGGUGUCCAGCACCAUUCUGCCCACUGGGGAGGUGAGGUGUGACUGUCCUCAUGGCUACAUCAUGAAGAACAACACUUGCAUAAAGGAAGAGAACACGUGUCUGCCAAACCAGUACAGAUGCUCCAAUGGGAACUGCAUAAACAGCAUCUGGCAGUGUGACAACGAUAAUGACUGUGGGGACAUGAGCGAUGAGAGGAACUGCCCCACCACCGUGUGUGACCCUGAGACCCAGUUCCGCUGCCAGGGCUCAGGGACCUGCAUCCCUCUGUCCUACAAGUGUGACCUGGAGGAUGACUGUGGGGACAACAGCGAUGAAAGUCACUGUGAGGCUCACCAGUGCAGGAAUGAUGAAUUCAGCUGCAGCUCAGGGAUGUGCAUCCGUCUCUCCUGGAUGUGUGAUGGUGAUAAUGAUUGCAGGGACUGGUCUGAUGAAGCAAACUGCACUGCAGUAUAUCACACCUGUGAGGCCUCCAGCUUCCAGUGCCAGAACGGCCACUGCAUCCCCCAGCGCUGGGCGUGCGACGGCGACGCCGACUGCCAGGAUGGCUCUGAUGAGGACCCUUCCAACUGUGAAAAGAAGUGCAAUGGUUUCCAGUGCCCCAAUGGCACCUGCAUCCCAACCAGCAAACACUGUGAUGGCAUCAACGACUGCUCCGACGCCUCGGAUGAGCAGCACUGUGAGCCCCUGUGCACUCGCUACAUGGAUUUUGUGUGCAAGAACCGGCAGCAGUGCUUGUUCCACUCCAUGGUGUGUGAUGGCAUCAUCCAGUGUCGAGACGGCUCGGAUGAAGAUGCCAACUAUGCUGGCUGCUCUCAGGACCCUGAGUUCCACCGGACCUGUGACCAGUUCAGCUUCCAGUGCCAGAAUGGUGUGUGCAUCAGCCUGGUGUGGAAGUGUGAUGGGAUGGACGACUGUGGCGAUUACUCCGACGAAGCAAACUGUGAAAACCCAACAGAGGCUCCAAACUGCUCCCGGUACUACCAGUUCCAGUGUGGGAAUGGGCACUGCAUCCCCAACCGGUGGAAGUGUGAUGAGGAGAAUGACUGUGGGGACUGGUCUGAUGAGAAGGACUGUGAGGGUUCUCCAGUUCAUCCCAUUACCACCUUGAUCCCACCGACGUGUUCACCAAAUCACUUCCGCUGCAACAGCGGCGCCUGCAUCAUCAACAGUUGGGUCUGUGAUGGCUACAAGGAUUGUGCUGAUGGCUCUGACGAGGAAGCCUGUCCCACCUCACGACCCAACGUGACAGCCACUUCCCCAGCGCUCCCGGGACGCUGCAGCAGGUUCGAGUUCGAGUGCCAACAGCUGCACAAGUGCAUUCCCAACUGGAAGAGGUGUGACGGCGUGAGGGACUGCCAGGACGGCACGGACGAGAGGAACUGCCCUACUCAGAGCACCUUGUUGUGCCCUAACGGUUACAAAUGCGAGGAUGGAGAGGCCUGCAUCAUGCUGACAGAGAGGUGUGAUGGAUAUCUGGACUGCUCAGACAGCAGUGAUGAGAGGAACUGUACUGAUGACACAAUUGUGUACAAAGUCCAGAACCUCCAGUGGACAGCUGAUUUCUCUGGAGAUGUCACUCUGACGUGGGCUCGGCCAAAAAGGAUGUCCUCGACCUCCUGUGUCUACAACAUCUAUUACAGGAUGGUUGGUGAAAGCAUUUGGAAGAUUCUGGAAACCCACAGCAACAAAACCAACAGCGUUUUGAAAGUCCUCAAGCCUGACUGCACCUAUCAGGUGAAGGUCCAAGUGCAGUGUCUCAGCAGAGUCUACAACACCAACGACUUCAUCACGCUCCGAGCGCCCGAAGGAUUGCCAGAUGCUCCCUUCAACCUUCAGCUGUCCCUGAAGAAAGAGGCUGAGGGUGUGGUGACAAGCAGCUGGAGUCCCCCCGUGAACGCUCACGGCCUCAUCCGGGAAUUCAUCGUGGAAUACAGCAGCAGUGGAUCCAAGGAGUGGUCGUCCCUUAGAACCACUAAGAACUACACUGAGAUCAAGAACUUAGAGGACAACACACUCUACACAGUCAGAGUUGCUGCAGUAACUAGUCGAGGAGUGGGAAACUGGAGUGAUUCCAAGUCCAUAACCACCAUAAAAGGCAAAGUCAUCCCUCCCCCUGUCAUACACAUCGAGAGCUACACUGAGGACUCCAUAAGUUUCAGCCUAAAAAUGACCACUAAUAUCAAGGUCAGUGGUUAUGUUGUGAACAUCUACUGGACAUUCGAUACCCACAGGCAGGAAAAAAGGACUCUGAUCAUAGAAGGAGAAAAGUCCAUCCAAAAAGUGGCAAAUUUGACAGCACACACCCCCUAUGAAAUUUCUGCUUGGGCUAAGACGGAGCUGGGUGACAGCCCUCUGUCUUUUGUACAUGUGGUGACCAGUGGCACAAGACCUGCACCCCCAAGCCUCAAGGCCAAGGCCAUCAACCAGACCGCGGUGGAAUGCAGCUGGACUGGACCCAGGAAUGUU